AAGAGAGGGAGGUGUGGAAUUGUGGGAAGUGUUUCACAGGGACGGAUCAGAGGCUGCAGACAGGAAAGGGAGAAGAAGACAGCUGCGGCACAGCCACCCAACGCCGAGCUGGUGCAUCCUGGCUGGGGAAGCCGGUGGCCUCCCUGAACUUGUCAAGGCUGUUAAGCAAAUGAAAGGGGGAGCAGCUGCGGUCCUGCCCAAUGAGGAAGUGUGUGAGCUGAAACCAGGCUAGGAGGAAGUAGCCGAGGCUGCCACAGAAAAUGAGGAAGCGAAGGUUUCGCUGAACGCAGGUUCGGGAGGCAGCGCGCUGGAGCCGAGCCGGGACCCCCGCAGCAGGGCACAGCGGCUGCUGCCUCCGCCCCUCGGCUUCCCUCCGCGCUGCUCCUGGGCUGGGGGUGUCCCCCCGGGGGACCCGCCCCGCUGAGGUGUGGACGCUCCGGCAGCCUCGCCGUGGGGGCUCAGCCGCAGCUUGCCCGCGGCCACCAGCCGCCUCGCUCAGCCGGGGAAGGGCGCCGCACCCAGGGAGGUUUUCCCUCCCUUCCCGCCCCCGGCCAGGAUCCCUGCGGAUUGACAGCCCGCGGCGCUCCCCGUUCGCCGUGCCUAGGUACAAAACAUUAGUCCUUGCUGAUCAAAAGGAAAAGCCAUGGCCACCAACAUGGUUAACACUGCUAACCAUCUGCCCUACUUUUUUGGCAAUAUUACACGUGAAGAAGCAGAAGAUUACCUGCUGCAAGGAGGGCUGAGUGAUGGACUAUAUCUGUUGCGCCAGAGUCGAAACUACCUUGGUGGCUUUGCUUUGUCCCUGGCACAUGGAAGGAAGGUUCAUCACUACACAAUUGAAAGAGAGCUGAGUGGCUCUUAUGCCAUUGCAGGAGGGAAGUCACAUAUGAGUCCUUCUGAACUCAUUAACUAUCACUCAGAAGAAGCUGAUGGUCUUGUUUGUCUACUGAGGAGACCUUACAACCGGCCACCAGGUGUUGAGCCAAAAACAGGACCAUUUGAGGAUUUAAAAGAGAACCUUAUCAGGGAAUAUGUCAAACAAACUUGGAACCUACAGGGUAAUGCCCUCGAACAAGCUAUUAUUAGUCAAAAACCACAGCUGGAGAAGCUGAUUGCCACUACUGCCCAUGAGAAGAUGCCUUGGUUCCAUGGGAAGAUCUCUAGGGAAGAAUCAGAGCACCGUGUCCUUUUAGGGAUAAGGACCAACGGAAAAUUUUUAAUCAGGGAAAGGGACAACAAUGGAUCCUAUGCUCUCUGUCUGCUCAGUGAAGGAAAAGUACUGCAUUAUCGUAUUGACAGAGACAAGACAGGAAAGCUAUCUAUACCAGAUGGAAAAAAGUUUGACACCCUCUGGCAGUUAGUUGAACAUUAUUCAUACAAACCAGAUGGGCUGCAAAGGGUCCUCACAAUUCCAUGUCCACGACUUGGCUCAGAAAAUGCUAACAUUAUUUUUGACACCCGUCCACCUCCGCUUCCCGGAACCCAUCCUAAGACUUGGUCAACAGGUGGAAUUAUCUCAAGACUCAAAUCGUACACCUUUCCAAAGCCUGGCAGCAAAAAGUUUCAUCAAUCCAUUCCUCAUGAUGAUUCAGCAUCUUUUAAUCCUUAUGUGCUGCAGAGGACGAGAGCUCUAAUGGGAGCUGAACAAGGAGAUCAGAGGGAUGCCUUGCCCAUGGACACAGAAGUCUAUGAAAGUCCAUAUGCAGAUCCAGAGGAGAUAAAACCAAAAAAUGUCUCACUAGACCGAAAAAUGCUGUCUCUGGAUGAAGGAGAACUUGGCUCUGGUAACUUUGGUACUGUAAAGAAAGGGCUCUAUAUGAUGAAAAAGGGUGCCAAGCCAGUAGCUGUAAAAAUUCUUAAGAAUGAGAAUAAUGAUCCAGCCAUAAAGGAUGAAUUACUGAGAGAAGCCAACGUAAUGCAGCAACUGGAUAACCCAUACAUUGUCAGAAUGAUAGGCAUAUGUGAAGCUGAGUCCUGGAUGUUAGUAAUGGAGAUGGCGGAACUUGGACCAUUAAAUAAAUUUUUGCAGAAAAACCGACAUGUCAAGGAAAAGAAUAUAACAGAGCUGGUGCAUCAGGUUUCCAUGGGGAUGAAAUACUUGGAAGAAAACAAUUUUGUACACAGGGAUUUGGCUGCAAGAAAUGUGUUGCUAGUUACCCAACAUUAUGCCAAAAUUAGUGAUUUUGGACUUUCCAAAGCUCUUGCUUCUGAUGAGAAUUAUUACAAGGCACAAAGUCAUGGGAAAUGGCCAGUCAAGUGGUAUGCUCCAGAAUGUAUGAACUUCUACAAAUUUUCUAGCAAGAGUGAUGUUUGGAGCUUUGGGGUUCUAAUGUGGGAAGCAUUUUCCUAUGGGCAAAAGCCAUAUAAGGGAAUGAAAGGAAGUGAAGUUGCCCAGAUGAUUGAAAGAGGAGACCGAAUGGAAUCUCCUGAGGCUUGUCCAACUGAAGUCUAUGACUUGAUGAAACUGUGUUGGACAUACAAGGUUGAUGAGCGACCAGGAUUUUCUGCUGUUGAGCUCAGACUACGUAACUACUAUUAUGAUAUUUCACAUUAACAAUGUGGAUACUAUGGACCUUAUGCGCACUUUGGUCUGCUGCAAGCCCCCUUCUGAAAAUGAAAGCCAAAAGUUUUAGCUUUAGAAAACAUCAUGACUUCAGUUUGGUACUGCUGAAGCUCUUUAUGUUGUCAAAGUUCAAAGCAAAGCCCUUUGUAAUAGAUGCCUUUACUUGCUUUCAGUGCAAUUUCCGGCCCUUACAUAUCUUUUAAAAAACAGACAUUGCUACACUGUGUGCAGCAAAGACAGCACAAUAGAUCUUUAGAAUUCUACUAAAUUAAGUUUGUUUUAUUUUACAUACAGCCUUCUUGUCUUUGGAGGGAGGGGUGUGUAUUGCAAAUUCUAUUUUCUCUCUUUCAUCACUCUUCCUCUCAUGCCUAUAUUUGAAUAUAGAGCCAGCAUAAAAGCCUUGCUACUAAUUUUCUCACUACUGGUAUUUACCCUAAAAAUUGCUCAGAAGUUCCUAAGCUGAAAUCCUCUCAAAGUAAAAAGCCCUACACUCCCCUGCAGUAAUGCAAGUAGAGAGGAAACAGAAUUUGUGAAUCCCUGCCAUGUGGCAAGGAAGCAUCCAUUCCCCUCUGAAUUAUCCUCUUCCCCCCUCCCCCGACCUCUUUCUAUCCAGGACUCCCCAGCUUGUCUAGGGGCAUAGUUAUAUAUGCAGGAGGAGUUCUUGGGGCAUACUCCAUUCUAGAAAAGGGGGGUAACAAUGCCUCAGUUAAUGUUGCUCAGUAUUAAACUUAUUGUCUGUGCCUGCAUUAGCUGAGAGAGCAUUGGUUGGCCAAUGGAAGCAUUUCCUUUUCUGUCUUACCUUUGUCCUCUUCUUCCAAUGUCCUUUAACAGAUUCCCUAUGCUGUAUGCCAAACAGUCACCACCCCCUCUUUCAAAUACCUCCUUUUCCACAACGCCCAUCCAUCCAACUUCCACAGAUUCCCAGGCCAGAAGGGACCGUAGUGAUCAUCUAGUCAGAGCUCCAGCACAGGCCAUACAACUUCCCCAAAAUUCCUAGAGCAUACCUUUUACAGAGAUCCAGUCUUGAUUUUAAAAAUUGUCCGUGAUUAGAGGAUCCACCAUGACCAUUGGUAAAGUGUUCCAAUGGCUAAUUACUCCUGCUGUCAAAAAAUGACAUCGUAUUUCCAUUCUGAAUUUGUCUAUCUUUAACUUCCAGCCAUUAGAUUGUUUUACACCUUCCUCUGCUGGAUUGAGAAGCCCAUUAUUAAAUAUUUGUUCCCUAUCUAGAUACUUAAUCGAGUCACCUCUUAACCUUCUCUUUGUUAAACUAAAUAGAUUGAGCUAGAAGGCAUAUUUUCUAUCCUUAAAUCAGUCUCAUGGCUCUUCUCUGAACCCUCUUCAAUUUAUCAAUAUCCUCCUUGAAUUGUAGGUACCAGCAUUCUUAAUAUUUUAUAACAAAAUUGCAUAAAAAGGGAACUCAAAAGACAUUUGAAGUGCAACCAGUUUUUCACUUCUCACUCUGCAGGAAUCAGAGCAUCCCCACCCCCAAUCCCUUUAUCCCAAGGGAUGCAUCUGCCUCAGUUUCAUUACCUUUGCCCUUCCCAUAAUGUUAGUGUGUGUGUUACCAUUAUAGCUUUCAUCUUGCAUUAGAUUGUAAACCCUUCAGGAAGAAGUCCUUGUCCUUCCGUUCAUUUGCAAUGCCCCAAACUAUCUCUGGCACUGUAUAAAGAUGAUAAAUCAUAGAGUUCCCUUCAUUGUUCCCUAUUAUAUACUUUUCUCCAGUCUCAUUUUAAAUAUUCCAAAUUUAUCCUGAUAUGUAGCCUAAGUUUUCGUUACAUUUCUUAAUUACAGCCCCAUACUCCAAUAUUAAUUUUGAGCCCUGUAUUCAAUCCUAAAUAAUUCUUGGUGUUUACACCUUCCAAAUAUAUGUAGACUAUUCUUAUAAGAUAACUAGUUCCCAAAAUUAAUUUAUUGGCUUGCACAUAAAUUGAUACACAUUUUAUUUUUACAGGAAAUAUGGGUAUGUAAAGGUACUGAAGAAUAAUGUUUAAGGCUUGAUAUAUUUAUUUUUAUGUCUUUUCAGAACAUAUGUAUUUUACCAUAAAAUUAACUGGGUAUUUUAAAAUUUAGUUUAGAUAGUAUUUUUGUCCUUUGAAAAAGAAAUUAGUUAAACGGUGCCAAUGUUUCAAACAUAGAAGAGGGUUAUAGAAGUUUGGUUUCCAUUGUGACACAUUUGUAGGUCCUGUAGAUGUAAUGUAAGAAAAUUUGUUUCUUUUUACUAAAUUAAGGAUAAAUGGCCUACAUUUUCAAAAGUGACUAGUUAUUUUUCAAUGCCUUAGUUUUGAGGUGUCCAAUGGAAGACAUUGUAAAGGUUCCUGAUAUUUAAAGACACUCAAAACCAUGAGUUGCUUUUGAAAAUGAAGGCCAUUUAUCUUUAUCCAAGUGGGAACAAUAUGUAAAUUGGUUGGUUUGAAAAGCUAGAUAUCUCAGCAUCUGUUUGUCUGCAUGGCCACAUUGUCCAGAAGUUGCCGCUGUUUGAUUUUUGAGCACUCACUUUUGCACAGUAAAUUUAGAAUCUCCAUGUGCGGUAAUCCACCUGUUCAUGUAAAUUGGAUGUAAAUCAAAAACAAGUGAGAUUUAAGUAUAAAUCCCAUCACCAAGCAAGUGCUAUAAUUCCACAUGCUCUUGGUCCUUCUGAGAGCAUGGCCUAAUGUGACAAAGUUGGGGAGGACCAACCUCCUCCAAUUUCUUUUUUAAAACAUUUUUAAAAGUGAAGAAAGAUCCUGAUUAGUAGUAUUUUAUAGUUUUUUAGCUUUGCUAUAAAAGCCUACAGUGUAUGAAUACAAAGUUUUGUGACCUAAAUGAAUAUAUUAUUAAACUGAAAUUAAAGGUAUUCUUUUGUAAAAGG